AUGCUGGGCCUUCCUGCCGCUGCCCCAGUCUUCCUGGGCCUCCAGAGGGUCAGGAUGCCAGGCUGGGCCUUCCCACUGCUGCGCAAGCCCUCCAGAGACCUCAAGGAGGCCACUGUGGUGGCAGGAAGAGGAGUGGACCGCAUCAAUGGAAUCCAUGCGCCCUGCUUGAUUAAAACGGAUCCACAACCGGAGUCGGGCCGCCUCGACGACGGGACCUUUCCGUUCUCCUCUCAGUGGUUUCCAGACCUGUCCGCCGCCGCAGGCCUUUGGGAUCGCGCGCCAAGCUGCGCCUCCCUUCGAGCCCUCCGUUUCCCACCGGGGGGGGGGGCGGCGGCGGCGGCGGCGGCUCGCCUCGCCUCGCCAACCGCGGCCGGCAGCCAAAAGCCGCUCCAGCCCCCCCUUUCCGCCCGCGGGGAGGCGGCUGCGAGGCGGAGCGGGGCGGGCGCGUCCUCCGAAGCCCUGCCGGCGCGGCGCAGCUGCCAAGCCAGCCAUGGGCCGGCGCGCCCCAGGCUCCGUCUCCAGGGCGGCCCGGCGAAGCCAGCGCGCCGCGCCCCUCCGCCCGCUCGCGCGCGGGGGCUGAGCCGGGCCGGCCUGCAGGCUGCGAGGCGGGCGCGCACCUGGAGCCUGCCCUGCGCCGAGCAAGGCGCCCCCCGCCUGCCCGCUUUCCUCCCCGGGCCGGAGCGCGACUUCCUCUUCCUCUCGGCCGCCGCAGACCCCGACGGCGCGGACCGGGCGGCGCGGCGCGGCUGCCUCCGGAGGUCAGCCCCGCGGGGGCAGGCGGCUGGCCGAGGCCGAGACAAAGGCUGGCCGGACUGGGCGGCCGCCCCGGCGCUCCGCGAGGAGGAGCUCACUGGAUUUUUCCCAGAGAAAAUGUCAGUUUUAACCAUGGAAACCCAGUGUCUCGAUGAGAGAGGGAGCUUUUUUAAGCUGAUUGACACAAUCGCAUCAGAAAUUGGAGAAUUGAAACAAGAAAUGGUACAGACGGAUCUGCUGCUGGAAGAUGGACACACCAGUAAACAAAGCUUGGAGAAAGACAUGAGCGAUGUGUGUCCGGAUCAGAAGGAUUUAAAAAGCUUCCCACGAGAUUCUGGAUACGACAGCCUCCCCAAUAAGCUCAGCAUCCUCGAUAAACUUCUUCACACGCACCCAGUUUGGUUACAACUUGGAUUGAAUGAUGCGGAAGCAAUGCAAGUCCUGCAGGCUCAGCCCCCGGGAACCUUCCUUGUUAGAAAGUCCACAAAAAUGCAGAAGAAGGUCUUAUCUCUACGUCUGCCAAGUGACUUUGGUUCAUGCCUCAAGGAAUUUGCAAUAAAAGAGAGCACAUAUACCUUUUCCUUGGAAGGAUCCGGAAUAAGUUUUGCCGAUUUAUUCAGGCUGAUUGCUUUCUACUGUAUUAGCAGGGACGUCUUGCCGUUCACUUUGAAGUUGCCAUAUGCUAUCACCACAGCAACGACGGAGGCUGAGCUUGAAGAGGUGGCUCAGCAGGGACUGAAUUUUUGGAGCUCUCCGGUUAACGACAGACUGCAGAAUCCUUCACCCCCUCGGAAGCCUCUGCCCUCAGACUGCAUUCAUAAAGGCUUUCAGCAGCUCUGCCUCAUAAAUGGGGUUCAUUCUAUAAGAACCAGAACGCCUUCAGAGCUGGAGUGCAGCCAGACCAACGGAGCCUUGUGUUUUAUUAAUCCUCUCUUCUUGAAAGUGCAUAGCCAGGAUGUUGGUGGAAAUCUGAAAAGGCUGUGCGUAAGGACUCAAGACGUGAAUGGCCUGGAGAGGUCUCGCUCUCCCCCACCCAGGCCUCCCCCACCUUCUAUUCAUAGCCUCCUAGCCAGCCCUCAGCUGUCCAGGACUGUAAACCAGGCAAGCUUGCCAGAAACUGAUGAUCACAACAAACACUGGAACUUGUAUCAGCUGCAGAAGAAACCAACCCCGAUCCCGCCACCUCGCCUUAAGAAGAAGGCACUUUCUUUAGAAGCAGAGAGCAGUGCAAAGAAUUCAGGAGGAACUCGACCAAGCUGUAACUCGGUGCAUGGGCCAGAAACUGCGAGCAUUCCAGGUGGAGCCCCGCCUCAGCAAAAUUUAGCAGACAGCAAAAAGAGUUUGGUUGCACACUCUGAGUCACAAGUGCUGUUCAAUGGAGGGAGGCAGCGACUAAGCGACAUGAGUCUUUCCACCUCCUCCUCUGACUCGCUGGAUUUUGACCGGAGCAUGCCACUCUUUGCCUACGAUGGAGAUACAAACAGCAGUCUGGAAGAGUACGAAGGCGAGAGCGACCAGGAGUGCAUGGCGCCACCCUUGAAGCCCAAGAAGAAAAGGAACAGCUCGUUUGUGCUCCCCAAAAUUGUGAAAUCCCAGCUGCGGAAAGUGAGUGGAGUGUUCAGCUCCUUCAUGACCCCCGAAAAGAGAAUGAUAAAGAGAAUAGCAGAGAUGUCUCGAGACAAGCGCACCUAUUUUGGGUGCCUGGUGCAAGACUAUGUGAGCUUUUUGCAAGAGAACAAGGAGUGCCACGUUUCCAGCACGGACAUGCUUCAGACGAUCCGGCAGUUUAUGACUCAAGUCAAGAGCUACUUGUCCCAGAGCUCUGAACUGGAUCCUCCCAUUGAAUCGCUGAUUCCAGAAGACCAAAUAGAUGUGGUGUUGGAGAAGGCCAUGCACAAAAGCAUUCUGAAGCCCCUCAAGGGCCACGUUGAGGCAAUGCUGAAAGAGUUCCACGUGGCUGAUGGCUCCUGGAAGCAGCUGAAAGAGAACCUUCAGCUGGUCCGGCAGAGGAACCCUCAGGAGCUGGGCGUGUUUGUCCCCACACCAGACUUUGUGGACGUCGAGAAGAUUAAAGUCAAAUUCAUGACCAUGCAGAAAAUGUACUCGCCUGAAAAGAAAGUGAUGCUGUUGCUCAGAGUCUGCAAGCUGAUUUACACUGUGAUGGAGAACAAUUCAGGGAGAAUGUACGGAGCCGAUGACUUUUUGCCAGUGCUGACCUAUGUCAUAGCUCAGUGUGACAUGCUGGAGCUGGAUGCUGAGAUAGAGUACAUGAUGGAGCUGCUGGACCCCUCCUUGCUGCACGGAGAAGGGGGGUACUACUUGACAAGUGCUUAUGGAGCCCUUUCUUUAAUUAAGAACUUCCAAGAAGAACAAGCAGCCCGCCUGUUGUGUUCAGAAACCCGAAAUACCCUCCGGCAAUGGCACAAGCGGAGGACAACCAACAGAACAAUUCCGUCUGUGGAUGACUUUCAGAACUAUCUUCGAGUUGCAUUCCAGGAAGUAAACAGUGGCUGCACAGGGAAGACCCUGCUAGUAAGACCAUAUAUUACUACAGAGGAUGUGUGUCGGCUCUGUGCAGAGAAGUUCAGAGUGGACAAUCCUGACGACUACAGCCUCUUCCUUUUCGUUGAUGACACCUGGCAGCAACUGACUGAAGACACCUUUCCUCAGAAAAUUAAAGCUGAACUCCACAGUCGCCCGCAGCCCCAGGUCUUCCAUUUUGUCUAUAAGCGCAUCGACAGUGACCCAUACGGGGCUGUUUUUCAGAACGACAGCCACGAUCGCGUGUCAUAAAGCAGAUACUUUUCGUUGUGUCAAGUUGCUGGAGAUGUCUGCUUCACAACGGAGUUAUUUUUGUCAGUGUGGGAUCUGCAGGGCUGUAAACCACGCACUGAGUCAAUAGCAGCCACUCUCUGUGACUGCUGAUGAUAUGUAGAACAUAGGCAGGCUCAUAGUGCCACGGUGUAGAACCCACGGAGCCUCGUUUUCUCAGUCACAGACCUUUUCAAAUAUACUGCACUAUGUCCAUUUGCAGGUCUUUACUGCAUUUUAUUCUUACUCUCAAUCCAAGCACAAUUUUUCAGUUAAAUACAAUGAUAGGCCAGACCUUUUGGUAUGCCAGCUGAUUUGCCGUCAGUUUCACCAGUGUACAUAUGCAAUACUGUCCGAUGCGGGGCAUCAGUUGAUUCUAUAUGGAUGGUAACGGCCUUCUCUAAAAUAGUUUUUUUAUUAUUAUUAUUUUACUGAAGGUGACUUGUCUUUAUAUAUUUCACAGAAAUUUUAUAGCAGUUGCAGGUAAACUGUCUUGGUUCUUAAAAUAUUUUUAAAGUAUAAAAAUCUAUAAUUAUGCAUGUGAUUUUUUUUUUAACAUUUAAUAUACAAAAUAAAUCUCUUGCUGGUUUUAGAGUAUUACAUUGAAAUUUCUGUGGGGCUGGGUUUUUUUAUUUGCUUACCCAUUUAUUGGGUUUUUAAAAAUAUCAAACUUCUGUUUUUAAAAACUGAUUUUGUAAAAGCCAUUUGUAUUUUGGACGUUGGCUGCCCAAAGCCUUUGACAAACCUGAUGCACCAUGUAUAUGGACUAUCUAUUGCAAUUGUGUAUGAACCGAUGGAGGGAGAGAUGAAGGAUUUGAAAGAAUCGAGAGAGGGAGAUGAUGCAAAGAACCUGUUUAGGGAUUAAAAUGUAUUGUAGUUAUAUUCACAAUCACAGCAGUGUAGCUGCACCUUAAUAUGUAUUAACUAUCCUUUUACACAGAACUGGGGUCAAAGCUUAGAGGGCUUUCCCUUCUUGUGGUUCACUGUGUGUUUGUGUGAGUGGAAUGCUGAUUUUUCUUCCUCGUUUAACAUUUUUGAGGAGAGAAACUGGAUCACAAUUGCUCCCAAUUUAAAGAAAGUGAUCUCUUGAAGGUACCUCUGGUCUGCUGGUUCAGGCUGCUUGCAGAAUGUGCAUGAAGGAGGUUGUGAAGGAACUUUUGAUGUUUGUUAUCGUAGGUGUGCAAAUUGAUUUGACACGUGUAUUGUGAACAACAGAAAACAAAUGAGUGUGUUCGUGAAUGCAUUUGAUGGUGGCUAAAAAGAUAGUGAUUUUUUUCCAGUAGGUAUUGAAAUACUAAUCGUAAAGUGUGUUUUCAUCUAAAGACACAUGAAAACCAAAGGGUUAAACUGCAGUCCUACGUACCCUUGCCUGGGGGUAGAGCCCACUUGAGGAUGACUUCCCUGUGAAUAAGCAAAGGCCAUAGGAACCUGAACAUGCACUUUAGACAGUGCACUGAAUACCCAAUAGCUUUUGGAUGUGAACUUCAUGAAUGCUGGACAGUUCAGAAUCCCAGAAAGCCGAAACAUGAUUGUCAUCCCAUGAUGUGGACAAAGCCUCAAAUAUGGUGACUGCUUGGAAUUUUGGGUGUGACUUCAGAUGAGAUCUUCUCAAAAAGUCCAUCAAUUCAUCCCAGCCUGUAGUGUGUAAUUGUGGCAGUUCACUGGCACCUAGGGGAAAGGAAAUACAAAUCUUAGAUGAGGCAGGAGGAAUUCUUCUUGUCACUAGCAGAUCACCGAACCACUGGAUCCCACUAGAUAAAUCGGUCAGUCUAGACAGCUGAAUAGCACUAUCUUGGUAGAAUCCAGGGCUUUUUUUCAGGUGGAACGGUGUUCUGGAACCUCUUGAAAAUGGUCACAUGGCUGGUGGCCCCGCCCCCUGAUCUCCAGACAGAGGGGAGUUUAUAUUGCCCUCCGUGCUGCUCGGAUCAGGGGGCCUGAUCCGAGCAGCAGAUCUUAAUCUUAAUUUUGGUUAAUCCUCUUAUUGAGACCUAGAAUUUUCAAGAACCCUGUCAAGCUGGAUAGUUCUAGUGUCUUCCAAACCAUAUGAAUGCUCUUGUAUGCUGAGUUCUUGGGUGGCUGUAGCUUAACACACUAACACAGGGGUCCCCAGUCUCUUUUAGCCUGUGGGAGCCUUUGGAAUUCUGGCACAGGGUAGCGGGCACAACUACAAAAUGGCCACCUGAGGAGAUGGAGCCGAGCACAAAAUGGCUGCUACAAGAGGCAGAGCCAACUGCAAAAUGGCAGGGAGUGUGGCCAUGUAUAACUCUAAUAGGGAGAAUUUCUUCAACAUUUAAGGCAGAAGCUCUUUUUAACAGAAUGACUUUUAAAAUGAACUUAUGGUUUAAAAUGUUUUCUUGCAGUCAUACAGCGUACUUUCAGCCAAGAUCCUUGUGCUGUGGUUGCAGCUGCUGCUGAAGCAACUUUAAAAAAAAAUCUGUACAGCCAAUCAGAUCUCUAAUGGUCAAUCAGAACAAAGCCCUGUGGGGCAAAAGCCCCCCUGGCCCUGCCUACGUUCUAAAAACUCUUACCGGGCACUAGGAAAGGUGUCAGCGGGCACCAUGGCGCCUGUAGGAACCAUGUUGGGGACCUCUACACUAAUAUUACAAAGAAGACUGGUAUCUGGCUCUGGAAGCAAGUUCUGUAUGUAAAAAUGUGUAUGUGUUAUGUUGAUUUGCCACACAUCUGCCACUUUUUAUGUUGUAUUGCAUUUUGUAAAGGAUAAAGAGGUAGUUUUGUACAUAA